AACCCGCACACCAAUGAAGCCACGCACCGCUUAUCAAAUACGACGUCUUGGAAACUGCACUUCAGCUGAUUGCGCGCGCAGUACAUAAGACCACCGGCCGACGCCGACUAGCACGCACUCGACCAACGCGGAGCUGGGUGAGCAUUUGUAGGAAGCCACUUGUGCCAGUCAUGCAUCAUAAACUUAUGCUGCCCGUUUUUGUGGCAUUUGUCGUUGCUGUUGCGGUGGUCUCGGUGGUCAAUGCUCAGAAAUCAGAGGACUGCCCUGUCGUGGAUGACAAGGGGGCCAACGCCACUUACCUGCCGAACCCGUACAACUGCACCACGUACUACGUGUGUUCUCAGGGCAUCCCAAUCUUGAAGGCAUGCAACCAUAAUCUGCGUUUCAACCGUGCACUGAACGUGUGUGACCACGCGUGGAAUACUCCCUGCAUCGAGCUCCCUCUCCCCGCACCCAAAGACCCGUCAGCUGAAGCACCCGUGGUGACCGAGCCCGUCUUAGCCGAGCCCACGGUAACCAAGAAAGUCAUCAUCACGAAAACUGUCAAGGAGAUCUACAAGCCCGUCGACUAACCAGCAUUGUAAACAAUAAAGCUUCGGCGCAUGAAA